AUGUCUCCAUUACCAAACAUGGUAAAACCUGCAACUGGACCAUCAUUGAUGCCAGACUGGUCUCUUCUCCCUGACGAGUUACUUCAGAUUAUCACCGAGAAGAUGGACAACUGUUUCGAUGUAGUUCAUGCUCGCUCUGUUUGCAGCUCUUGGCGAUCCACAUUUGCCUUUCCUUGUAGCCUACUAUCGCCAAGUUACUCUCUUCCCACGUUCAAUGAGUUCUCUCUUGAAAACGAAGGCUUGUGCACCCUCAAGAAGAUCCCUUUGUUCCUCUUUAGUGUCAAUACUCCUUCUUCUUCUUGUGAGUAUAUCUUGGGAGGGAUAGGCCGUAGAGAUGAGUCAGAGGGUCAAGCAGAGCUUCCAUCUCUUAUUCAGUGCUCAGUGAAGAUCCCAGGAUCAUCUGAGCAAACCUUGGUGAACAUGCUCGACUGCCAGAUUCUCUCGCUAGGCUAUCAGUACAGAAUGUUGGGUUGGGAACCUGAAGACUACAAACGUGUGGCUUUUCUUCCACUAAACAAGGAAGGUGGAGGAGAAUUCGUUGUGCUUCUCAACUGCACUAAUGAUUUGUUGGUGUUAACCAGUGGUGAAAUGAGAUGGAAGCGGCUUGAGAACGUCCCAAAUAAUUCAUGCUGGGAUUUAGUCACUUUUAGAGGCAGGUUUUAUGCAUCCUGUUUUCACGGAACGCCUGUGGUUAUCGAUCCUUAUUCCUUGGACGUGACUCUCUUGAUUCCGUCGUGUCCUCUGAGGGUAAUCAACUAUCUGGUUCCAUCUGGCAAUGAUGAACUUUUCCUGGUUGAGAUAAUUUUCCCUCCUGUUGAACUAGAAUUAGGAUUUGAAGUAGAUUUAAGUCAGUUAGCAUGUAGAGUGAGUAGGCUAGACGAUGAGGAGGAUGAAUGGGUCGAGGUCAAUGAUCUGGGAGACCGUGUGUUGUUUAUUCAUCAUGGACACUUGGGAAAUGUGUCCUGCUCGGCUAAAGAGCUUCCUCAUGGUUGUGGUGUGACCAGGAACUCAAUUUUGGUCACCUAUGCGCCGGGCAUGGGGAAUAAAACGUUCUCUUAUAAAUCUCAACUACACUCAGAAGAUGCUUGUAGAAUCCCAACAGGGAAUUUUGUGGUGAUUGUCUCAUGA